AUGGCCAUCUCAUUCGACUUUACUAUGUUUGAUACGACCAACCCCAAGCUCUCGAAAUCGGCGGACGCUCUAGAGUCGGCCCUUGCCCAAUUCGGCAAGCACGCCAGCGUCAACGAUGAUAUCGCCGACAGUCUCUUCGCCGACACUCCUGCUGUCGUCUCAAACAGCGGCAGUGGUUUCGACGAGUGGCUCGCCAACGAUUUCCAGUUGGGAGCCUUGUCUGGCGAUGAUAUCUCUUCCUCAUUGUCGUCAAGCCCAUGCUCGGCACUGGAUGAUUCGCCCCUCUUGGGCUUGGAUUCUUUCAGUGCAGCUAUGGGUCAGUCGCUGUUCGACGUGACCUUGGGCUUCCCUAUUAGCAAUAAUCUGGCUAUGCCUGUCGUUCCCACACCUGCUCCCAUUCCUGUCCAGGUCAAGGCUGCGCCGCUUCUUACAACUGCUGCGGUCCAGCAGGCUGCCGCAGCCCUUAACAUCCCCUGGAGUCACGAUUUGGAGAUGGCUGUACUGGCUCAGGCUGCCAGCCAGGCCUCUGCCUCUGCUUCCGCACCAGCCGCCGCAUUCCCCAUUGACAACGCAUGUGCGAUGAUCAUUCCCAAGGUCGAGCCUGUUGAGAAGAGCUUUGCUUCUGCUCCCACGGUUGAUGUAUCCAAGGCCAAGGACAUCAAGAAGCGUGCAUUCACGCCCGAGGAUGAUAUGGAUGAGAUUGUCGCCAAGCGUGCCAAGAACACGGAUGCUGCUCGUCGCUCCCGUCUCAAGAAGAUGCUUCGCCUGGAGACACUCGAAACCAAGGUGGCCGAGCUUGAGGCGACCAACAACCGCCUGACGAUGAAGGUGGCGAUCCUUGAGACCGAGAAGAAUGGCCAUCUUUCCAAGGAAGUCGAUCAGAGCGCACGUAUCGCUCAGCUCGAGGCUAAGCUUGCCGAGGCCCAUGCUGCACUCACGAGCCGUGCCUGA